AUGCGUCCCAAUUCCCUCCUGACAGAGGGCUUUGCACACUACUGGGCCGCAGCUGUUGCUAGGAAACCCAAGCCAAGCCGAGGCGUUAACACUGGGCCGUUCAUGCCUCAUUAUGGCACACAGCGCUGCCUUUCUGACCCAGAUCAGAGGUCUAAACCAUCAGUCUAUUUCACGGACGUCCUCUUUCGUUCUCUCGCUCUGCAGAAGCGUCAGAUCCUGGUCACUCUGGUGGAGAUCGCUCUGCCGCUGCUCUUCUCAGCCAUCCUGAUCGUCCUGCGACAGAAGGUGUCCUUCAUCAACUACCCCAAUGCCACGCACUACCACAGCUUCGCUCUGAGCGACCUGCCGUUCCCUCUGUGCUUCCAGGACCUGCAGCUGGCCUACGUGCCUGCAAACGCCAGCGUGGUGCGGCAGAUCACAGAGGAUGUGCAGCAGAGCCUGCAAGAAUGCAUCAGAACCGUGCGUGGCUUUGAAACAGAGGAGCAGUUUGAGGAGUUUGUGAAAACUGACCCAGAGUCAGGCAAGAUCUUGGCAGCCAUUGUGUUUGAACACCAAUUCACACACGACGACGAGCCGCUUCCUCUGCAGGUCAGCUAUCAUCUGCGCUUCACGUACAGCCCCAGAAACGCUCCUGCGCACGAGAAGUCGGAGUUCAACCCCAACAAUGAUCAGGACUGGCACACGCUCAGUCUGUUCCCGCUGAUCCAGCUGCCCGGGCCCAGAGAACAACACGAACCACACGGGGGCACGCCAGGAUAUUACCGCGAGGGCUUCCUGCAGGUGCAGCAUGCAGUGGACCAGGCCAUCAUGAAGGCCUACAACAGCACGGCGGCGGCGGCCCUCCUCAAACGAGCCCAAGUGCUGUUGGCCCGCUUCCCUUACCCAGCGUUCAUCUACGACGUCUUCAUCCUGGCCAUCCAGAGCCAGCUGCCGCUGCUGCUGGUGCUCAGCUUCACCUACACCUCUCUGAAUAUCGUCCGCGCUGUGGUGCAGGAGAAGGAGAGGAAACUGAAGGAGUACAUGCGCAUGAUGGGUCUCAGUAACUGGUUGCACUGGAGCGCCUGGUUCCUCAUGUUUUUCCUCUUUCUCUCCAUCUCCAUCUUCUUUGUUACCGUACUUAUCUGCCUCAAGGUGAGUCCUAACGGAGCGGUGUUGACCUACAGCGACCCCACGCUGGUGUUUGUCUUCCUGCUGGUGUUUGCCGUGUCCACCAUUAACUUCAGCUUCAUGAUCAGCGCCUUCUUCUCCAGAGCGAAUGUGGCCGCAGCAGCGGGCGGCUUCAUCUACUUCCUGAGCUACCUGCCGUACAUCUUCCUGUGGCCUCGCUAUGACCUGCUGUCGCAUGCCCAGAAAGUCUCCGCCUGCCUCAUCUCCAACGUGGCCAUGGCCAUGGGAGCCCAGCUGAUCGGCAUGUUCGAGAGCAAAGGGACGGGCAUCCAGUGGCAUAACCUGUUUGAGCCGGUGACGGUGGACGAUGACUUCUCUCUGGCUCAAGUGCUGGGUCUGCUGCUGGUGGACUCGGUGCUGUACGGUCUGGUUGCCUGGUACAUGGAAGCCGUGUUUCCGGGAGAAUAUGGAGUCCCUCGUCCAUGGUACUUCUUCAUUCUGCCCUCAUACUGGUGCAGCAGCCCUCGUGUGGCCCUACUGAAGGAGAAGGAGGAAGAGGAGGAGGCCGAGAAGGUGUCGAAGGGCGAAUUCAUUGAAGAGGAGCCAGCUGGACUGGUCUCAGGGGUCAAGAUCAAACAUUUGGCAAAGGUGUUCAAAGUGGGAAAUAAGACCAAGGAGGCAGUGAGGGAUUUAACUCUCAACAUGUUCGAAGGCCAGAUCACUGUCCUGCUGGGUCACAACGGAGCGGGCAAGACCACCACACUAUCAAUGCUGACAGCAUUCAGAUGGAUCUUCACAUACCUUGUCUCUUCUCUUAAGCUGAAGGGUUAUCCUCGCAAAAAGAUCCCUGAUGAGGUGGACCGCAUCCUUCGGAUCCUGAAUUUGGAGGACAAGCGUCAUGCGCGAUCCAAAACCCUCUCUGGCGGGAUGAAGAGGAAGCUUUCCAUCGGCAUUGCUUUAAUUGGAGACUCAAAGGUGGUGAUGCUGGACGAGCCCACCUCAGGAAUGGACCCCUCAGCCCGCCGGGCCACCUGGGACCUGCUGCAGGGCGAGAAGCGUGGCCGCACCAUCCUGCUCACCACGCACUUCAUGGACGAGGCCGACCUGCUGGGAGAUCGGAUCGCCAUUAUGGCCAGCGGAGAGCUCCAGUGCUGCGGCUCGUCUCUCUUCCUCAAGAACAAAUACGGUGCUGGUUACCACAUGGUUAUAGUAAAGGACGCGUUUUGUAACGUGUCCGAGAUCACCCGUCUAGUGCACAUGUAUGUGCCUGAUGCCACUCUUGAGAGCAGUGCAGGCGCUGAACUCUCCUACAUAUUGCCCAAAGAGAGCACCAGCCGGUUUGAGCUGCUGUUUGCUGAGCUGGAGAUGAAUCGAGACGAGUUGGGCAUCGCCAGCUAUGGGGCGUCCGUUACCACUAUGGAGGAGGUUUUUCUCAGGGUCGGGAAGCUGGUGGACUCCAGUCUGGAUAUUCAGGCCAUCCAGCUUCCGGCUUUGCAGUAUCAGCAUGAGCGGCGGUCACAUGACUGGACCAUGGACGACUCCAGCAGCAUCAGCGGCAUGACGGACGUGACGGAUUUCACUGACAGCGGCACGAUGAUCUCAGAGGACGGCUCCAACAUCAAACUCAACACUGGGGCCGGGCUCUAUAUGCAGCAGUUCUAUGCUAUGUUCCUGAAGAGGGCGCUCUACAGCUGGCGCAACUGGAAAGUGAUGGUGGCUCAGUUUCUGGUGCCGCUCAUUUUCACAGUGUUGGCUCUUGUAGUGGCCCACACCCUCCCUGGAAGCCAAAUCACGCCCCUGCUCCGUCUGCCGCUAAAACAAUAUGGCCCUACUCACGUACCCGUGGCUGUAGAUGUCAAUGCUGGGCCGCUGGCUACAGCUCUGGCUAAGAUCUACACAGCACAGCUGCCUUCCCAGAAUGCCAUUGCUGCCACUAACAUAACAGAUUUGUCAGAGUACGUGCUAUAUAAUGCCAUGAGGGAGGGCGGAGCUUUCAAUGAGCACUGCGUGGUGGGUGCGACCUUCAGGAGCCGAUCCAGGAAGAACACUGAGGUCAUCGGCUACUUCAACAACCAGGGCUAUCACACCCCCGCUACGGCACUCAUGCUGGUUGACAAUGCUCUCUACAAACUACUAGCUGGACCCGAUGCCUCAAUCCAAACUGGAAAUUACCCCAUGCCACGCAACAUGUCCGAGACGGCCCAGAGCCAGCUUUCUGAGGGCCAGACAGGCUUUGUCAUCGCCAUAAACCUCAUGUUCGGCAUGGCAUCAUUAGCCAGCACCUUUGCCCUGCUCCUCGUCUCUGAGCGAUCGGUGAAGUCCAAACAUGUGCAGCAAGUCAGCGGGGUCUACCUCUCCAACUUCUGGUUCUCCGCCCUGCUGUGGGACCUCAUCAACUUCCUGUUGCCCUGCCUGCUCAUGCUGGUGGUCUUCCGAGUGUUUUCAGUGAAAGCAUUUGUGGCCGAGAACCACCUGGUGGACGUUCUGCUUUUGCUGCUUCUGUAUGGCUGGGCGGUGAUUCCCCUCAUGUACCUGCUCAGCUUCCUGUUUUCCACGGCUGCCACCGCCUACACGCGCCUCACCAUCUUCAACAUCCUCAGCGGCACAGCCACCUUCCUCGCGGUCACCAUCAUGACCAUACCUGAGCUAAAGCUAGUAGACAUGUCUCACCUCCUGGAUAAGAUCUUCCUGAUCUUCCCAAAUUACUGCUUGGGCAUGUCCUUCAGCGAGUUCUACCAGAACUACGAGAUCAUCACCUUCUGCACCUCCAGCACCUUUGCCGAGAUACUUUGCAAGUACAAAAAUAUCACAUAUCAAGUGAACUACUUUUCCAUGGAUGAACCCGGAGUGGGCCGCUUCCUGGUGGCCAUGUCCAUACAAGGUGUUGUCUUCAUCAUCCUGCUUUUCCUCAUCGAGCUCCGGUGUGUCCACAUACUACUCAACCUCUGCAGGAGACGCAAGAAGGUUUUGCUGUUGGCAGAAGAAGCUCUCCAGCCUGAGGACAGAGAUGUUGCGGAGGAGAGGAAGAGAGUUUUGGAGUGCCAGCCGGUGGUUGAGUCAAUGGUGGGCAGCCCGCUUAUCCUACAGGAGCUCAGCAAGGUAUAUUCAGGCUGGAAGUCGCUGUUAGCGGUGGACCGUUUGUCUUUGGCCGUUGGGAAAGGCGAGUGCUUUGGUUUACUGGGAUUUAAUGGAGCAGGGAAGACUACGACAUUCAAAAUGCUGACAGGAGAUGAAAGCAUAACUUCAGGAGAUGCCUUUAUUGACGGCUACAGUAUCCUCCAGGAUGUGAAAAAGGUGCAGCAGAGAAUUGGCUACUGUCCCCAGUUUGAUGCGGUGCUAGAUCACAUGACAGGGCGGGAAACCCUGAGCAUGUAUGCCAGACUGAGGGGCAUCCCAGAGAAAUAUGUCACAGCCUGUGUAGAAAAUGUCCUGCGUUCCCUGCUGCUCGAACCUCACGCUGACAAACUUGUCCGCAGCUUCAGUGGCGGCAAUAAGAGGAAGUUGAGUGCAGGCAUGGCUCUGAUCGGUGGGCCGCCUGUGAUCUUCCUGGACGAGCCGUCCACUGGCAUGGAUCCUGUGGCCAGACGGCUGCUGUGGGACGCAAUUACACGGACCAGAGAGUCUGGCAAAGCCGUCAUCAUAACCUCACACAGUAUGGAGGAGUGUGAGGCGCUGUGCACCCGGCUGGCUGUCAUGGUGAAUGGCCAGUUCAAAUGUCUGGGCAGCCCACAGCACCUGAAGAGCAAGUUUGGGAGCGGAUACACACUGCUGGCGAAGGUCCGCGUGGAGACGGAGUUAGAGGAGAUGGACCUUCAGCUCUUCAAAGACUUCAUUGAAAGCACCUUCCCAGGAAGUUUACUGAAGGAUGAACACCAGGGGAUGGUCCACUAUCACCUGACUGACAAAACUCUAACCUGGGCACAGGUUUUUGGUGUUCUAGAAACAGCCAAAGAGAAGUACAGCAUCGAGGACUACUGCGUCAGCCAGAUCUCACUGGAGCAGGUGUUCCUCAGCUUCGCCCAGUUCCAGCACUGCGCCGAGGCCUGCAGGGAAUGACACGCUCAAGCACUAAAGGAGCGGAGCUCCUCGAUCUGACCUUUACCUGAUGAGUAGGAGGUACAGCCUUGGCCGACUGACUCUCCAUCAGACCACUGGACAUUGCUCAGGUGUCUCUCUUCACAUACACAUCUCUGAUAUGAUCAUACGUACGUAGCACACACUUCCAGACUCAAACACUGCGUCGCACAGAGACAGGACCACUAACCAGAGGUCUCCGCCAGUAGGGUGUUUAUUUCAAGUCUGUGUGUGCGUUUGCGAGCAGUUUGAGUUUCAGCGGGACAUUCGUCACACCACCGGAAACAACUUUUGAAUUAUAAUCUUUUGAAUUAUAAUCGAUUGGUCUAAGCACCAAAAAGGACGUUUGUUCAUCAUCUGUAAGUUGUAAGAUUGCGGUGUUAUUUAUAAAAGUCUUUUUUAGUUUGUUUCUCCUCACCUGGUAUCUGCUGUGGUCUCAAUGCUGAAGGUACAUGCGCUUCGCCCCUUUCCUGAUAGCAUAUGCAAAAUAAGGCCAGAAAUAUAGGAAAAUGCGAUGUCCAAAAACAUGAUUUUAAAGCUGCUUCUUUGGGAUUUGCAAUGUUGUAGAAUAUAACAUUUACAAGAAAAGUUGCUGAAUAUGAAUGUAAAAAUUGUAUAGAAUAGCUUUAGGUCAUUUAUAGAAUUUAUACAAUAGAUUUAUUCGCAUUUAUAGUUAGCUAUUUGUUAGAAAUCUAAUGCAUCUUCCAAAAAAAGUAAAUCGUUCCAAGUAAUACAAUUCUUUCUUAUGUAUGUCAGAAUAAAAGUCACUUAAAAAUUUUUUUGUGCUGCUAAAAAAAUCCCAUAAAAAAUAUUCCUUAAUUUUUUUUCAAUGAGACCACAGAUGUUUUAAUGCUUUUCCCUCCACAUUUCCAGUUAUAAUUUUUACCAGUGUGACAUCUCUUCUCCAGAUUGAUGGAGGAUUUUUGGGGCUUUGUGAAAUUUCGCUGGUGACCACUAGAGAACGUACAGUGCACUUUUUUUAUUUUUUAUUUUUUACAUCUGCCUCAAACUGAAUGUGUCUUUAGAUACGCUAAAUCUCCGCUUGUGUGAUUCUGUCACCGAGCAAAAACCACAAGCUUUUGUUUUUUGUUAUGUUAUCUUGCACUACUGAUGUGGACCAAUUCAUGCAACUUCACAAAAUCCAUAAAAGAGUUCAUAGAAACAUGAAGUAUCGCAAUUCUGGAGGGUUUAACGUACGAUUAGUUGUCUGUAAAAUCAUUUUUUUCCAUUGAAUGUCUUUAAGAUCUUGUAAUUCAUGUUGAUGAGGCUCAGUGACGCUCAGGUCAUGCUGCUAAUCUCAUUUCUACAUUGUUGAUGCUAGAUUUCCUCUUAGUCACUCACAUCAGCGUGUCUUUGUUGAACAUGAUUCUACAUCAUUACGAUGAUUGAAACGAAAGCAGCAUGGCUUCCCUUCCAGACCGUACUGACAUCACUUUGACCACGUUUCCGUCCACGUUCAUGCGAACUGAAUGUACUUUCGUAGUGAAGGAAGAAAACGCGGGCUCAAUCGAACACACUUGACGUACUGUAGAUAAACGGGGCUUGACGGUGACUGACCACACAUUGGUUCUUUUCUACGUUUUUGUCGUUGAUUGGUCUGUUUUGCACAGUGCUCUGGCUGUCGUGUCUGAACUGCUUGUUUGAAAUAUUGCAUUUUGAAAAUCGAGAAGGCAAACUCGGGAAUGUUAAUGAUGACAAUGUUGGUUUAAAAUGGUAAAAUGUAUACCAUAAUGCAAAAAGGGAAUUUACAUUGUAAUCUUGUGUACUGUAUUACUAAAUGAACCUUGUGAGAAAUGUAAGUAUUUCCAUUUCCUUUUUUUAUUAAAUCUGCCUUACGCAAAGGAAUUGUGUUCUGUAGUCUU